AUGGUGCAGGAGAAGCUCGAAUCGAGCACCAACGAGUGGUUGAGCGUGAUCGACGCCUGCAGCACCAGCGUGACCGUCUGGUUCGAUGGGUACUGCGUGCGCGAUAGAAUGUGGUCCAGAGUGGUGACGUUGAUCACCGGUCCGGUGCUCCUGGAACUGCACGGGGAGUCCCCCGCCGGGCGAUUCUCCUCCCAUUGCGUUGGGGGCGCCGUGUCGUUCUUGCUUUUCGUACCGGAGGAGGAAGAAGAACAGUUGCACGAGGGGGAAUCGGACGAGGAGGAGGAGGAAGAGGAGGAAUCGGAAGAGGAGGAGGAGGAGGAGGAGGAAUUGGAAGAGGAGGAGGAGGGAGAGGUAUCGGAGGAGGAGGCAAUGGUGGCAGAGAAGGCGGAGGGAGAGGGUGAGGAGGAGCGGGCAGUGGAGGCUUUAAGGUUCUGCCAGGAGCGCGUGCCUCCCGGCAUGAGAUCCAAUAGCUCCUCGUCUGUCGGGCUCGCCACUCCCGCCACUCCCGCCGCCCGUGUGUGCGCCCGUUUCGCCUUUCCCUGCGAGCGCGCCCACUGCCGCAUGGCGCGCCUGGUGCGCUUCUCCGACUUCCGCUGCGCCACCCCCUGCAGGCGCGCGCUCUGCCUGUGCCACUCCUGCAGCCGCCCCUCGAACUGCGCCUCCGUCUCCUCCCACAGCGCGCGCGCCAUCUCCGCAUUUGCCGCCCGCUUCGCCCGCUCCGCCUCAUCCUCCGCCUCCCCGAGCUCUCGCGCGUUCCGCAUGGGAACCCCGUUAGAAGCAUGCACGCCCGCACUGCUGUACACGAUAGAAGCAGCCGCGUUAUGGGCUGUGAAACCGACCGCCAGCAGCGCAACGAGUGCCAGUUGA